AUGGACUUUGAGACAAAAGAGACAGAGCUUCAGCUGGAUAGUUUUUGGUCAGAUAUAUCAAACGAGAUACAGCGGAGAAGAUUAAUAAAGGUGGGGAUCCACAAUGGCGGGGAGCUCUGUGACUCUAAGAAGGUUAGAAAAUUCUUCAGUAAACCCCAAUGCCUUCAGACACACAGGCAUAUUCAAAAUACAGAGAAGAUUUCUGAAUAUAAUUGGUGUAGAAAAGACUUACUUCCUUCAGCCAAGAAAGCUUCUUCUGAAGAGAAACUUUCAGUGUUGAUUCAUUGUAAAGAAGCCUUUGCCAUGAUGUCAAGCAUUCCACACCAGAGGACAUGCAUUCCAGAGAAUUCCUGUGAAAGGAGUGAUUGUGGGAAAGCCUUUGUUAGUCAGUUGCAACUUCAGGCACAUAGCAGAGCCCAUAGUAAAGAAAAUUUCCAUGAAUUGGAGCAAAGUAAGAAAGCCUUUACUCAGUCCACAAAUUAUUCUGCUUUAGAGAAACGCUAUGAAGGUAAGGACUGUGGGAAAGCCUUCACUGUUCGCUCUGGCUUUACUGCACAUGUACAAAGUCGCAAACGGCAGAAGUCUUAUGAGUGCACAGAGUGCAGGAAAGUGUUUGGUAAAUGCUCAGGACCUAUUGAGCAUAUGAGAAGUCACACAGGAGAAAAACCUUUAAAAUGUGACCAGUGUGGAAAGGCUUUUGCUUCUUCGUCCUACCUUACUGCACAUUUGAGAACUCACACUGGAGAGAAGCCCUUUGAGUGUACGGUGUGUGGGAAAGCGUUUACACGUUCCUCCUACCUUCGAAUUCACAUGCGGACUCACACUGGAGAGAAGCCCUAUAAAUGUAAGGAGUGUGGGAAAGCCUUCGUUGUGUGCUCAUGCCUUAAUAACCAUUCACGAACACACACUGGGGAGAAGCCUUAUGAUUGUAAGGAAUGUGAGAAUGCCUUCACUAGCUUUUAUCAACUAACUGAACAUACGAAGGUUCACACUGGUGAGAAACCCUUUGAAUGUCAGGUGUGUGCAAAGUCAUUUAGGAGUUCCUCAUGCCUUAGGAAGCACUUCCAAAUUCACACUGGAGUAAAACCGUAUCAAUGUAAGGACUAUGGGAAAGCCUUCAGCGGGCGGACUGGCUUUACUACACACGCAUUGACUCAUACUGGGGGAAGCCCUGUGAGUGUAAGGAGUGUGGGAAAGCCUUCAGUACAUCCGCAGGCCUUGUUGAACAUUUGA